GCAAACCUUUUUCUUUAGAUUUUUCCUUUCAGAUUUGACUUUUCAAAUUGACCGUAUGAGGUCAGCGCACUUGCCGAAAGCUAGAAAACGUGAAUGUUUUUCUUCGAUAUGUCUCAGAAUAACCAAUAAAUUACCCCAAACUGAAGCAGUUAGAAUGCCGAACAAGAAAUUGAAAAAAAUCUCCCUAUACAAUUAUCGGCAUUUCUAACUCCGAGCUUGAAAGUUUCCUUUCUCCGGCGAUCCAUCAAAUUCAAUUUCUUUGGGAGACGGAUCAGAAGCUGUAACGUCUUUAUCUGGGAUCUGGAGUGAAGGAGAUAUGGAUGAAUCUACUGAGAAAGAGACUCCUGUGUCCAAGGCUGAUCUUCUGAAGAGUCAACGCCACCAACGCCGAGGUGCGAAGGGCAAGCUUACAAGAAUAGGACACGCCUUGAAGAGCUUGAUAGAAGAAAGACGGCCUAUUUCAGAUGUGCAGGAGAUCUAUGAAAGGUAUCUUCUUGCUUAUGAAGAAUUGCAGAAUAGGCAUGAAUCAUUUUCAGAGCUUAUUGAAGAUGACGAUGAAUACGACAUGGAAGAAAGAUGGAUGGAUGAAUGUCAGCAGUCUUUCCUAAGCCAUCAGGGAGAGACAGAGAAAAACGUUUCAGCGCAGAAACUACGAAGACAGAUGACGAAUUAACAGCCAAGUGAUUCAGAAGCUAGUUCUGAUGAAACAACAUCAAAUGUUCAGAAGAGAGUGGGAUCCAUGUUCAAAAUGGAAAAGCCAAAGAUGCCCACAUUUAACGGAAAUGUGCGAGAUUAUUGCAUAUUCAAAGCUGACUUUCAACAUGCUCUGGGAGAGGUUUUUGAUGAAAGAGAUGCUCUGAUGAUCUUGCGAUCAUGUCUACAAGGUAAACCCCUACAGAUGAUUCAAGGAAUGGGACGAGACUUCAAAGCAGCUUGGGAGCAGUUAGAUAUUGUGUAUGGAGACCCAAGGUUAGUUGCAGACGCAAUUAUUCAUGACAUCACCAAAUUUCGCUCCUUGAAACCAGGUGAAGAUGCUCGCUUCUGUGAAUUUGUGAACAUAGUACGCAGAAGUUACAUUGUGCUCAACGAAAUUGGGAAGGAGAACGACAUGAAUAAUAGUCACAUGCUGGCUAUCAUGGAGAAGAAACUCACCCCUGAAGAUAGAAAGAUCUGGUUUAGAAAUCAAGAAUUGGGUGAAGCUUCUGCAACAUUUGAGAAAUUUCUUCGAUUCCUCACCCUAGAGUUGAAGGCAAAGAUGAGAUCAGCAGCUCCGGUAAGAGGUGAAGUAAAAACAAGCAUCAACUUUGUAACCAAGAAGUCCAGCCCAAGUACCAAUAACCAGGAAAGAAAGUUCGACAGAUGCUGGCUCUGUAAAGAUGAUUCCCACUGGACUGACCAAUGCAAGUCAUUUUUUUCCAAGUCGUUCAAGGAGAGAAUGAAGCUUGUCAAGGAAAAUAAGGCAUGCUUUGCUUGCGGUGCACAAGUGUCAAUCAUCAAGCAGUCACUUGCAGACGAGUUAAAGCUAGAAGGUAAAGAAAUCACUGUUGUGAUAUCAAAGCUGGGAGGAGUUGAAGAGGAGGUAAUUACCAAUGAAUACAAGGUCAACGUAAAAGAGCUAGGAGGACGAAAUUCCUUACCAGUUACGGUGAUUAGCCUGCCUCAUAUCAGUGCCACAGACAGUGUACCAGAAGAAUAUCUACAGUCAGCAGCCAAACAACUUAUAGAAAUAUGCUAAACAGGCAUGGCGGAGAUAUUGACUUACUAGUUGGCAGUGACAUUCCCAAGUUCCAUGGAGGUGAGUCAAAGGAGACCCACAACUUAACUGCUCGUCAUUCACCUGUUGGAUGGGUGAUCCUAGGAAGGUUACCGCAUAAGAGGAUGGAACCAAGUAAAGUCUUGCACGUGCAGUUAGCCAAGCCAGUGGAUCUGACUGAGUUCUGGACGACGGAGUCGAUGGGAGUCAAGGACAUCGACUGUCAAUGCCAACCUACAGGGAUGACCAAGGCAGACAAAGAGGAGUAUGAUAUGAUUGAACGGUCUUGUGUCGAAGAAGGUAAUCAGUGGCAAGUUUCGUAUCCAUGGAAACGAGACCCAAACAAACUUCCUGAUAACCGAUGGUUAGCUGAGAAGAUGUUGGAAGCUACAGAAAGGAGGCUUCUAAAGAAUCCUGAUCAUGCAAAAGCUUACCAAGAACAGAUGACCCAGCUGGUAGAGAUGGGAUUCGCACGGAAGUUGUCUGAUAAUGAAGUCAGUGGAUAUUCAGGACCGGUUCACUAUAUUAGUCACCAUGCAGUAGUUAGACCUGAAAAGAAAAGUACCCCAGUGCGUAUUGUAUUCAACUCGUCAGCAAGCUAUCAAGGACAUUCUCUCAAUGAAUACUGGCACAAGGGUCCUGAUAUGUUGAAUUCACUUUUUGGAGUUCUGAUGAAGUUCCGCGAUCACUCUGUUGCAAUCAGUGGUGACAUAUCCAAGAUGUAUCACCGUGUCAAGGUACCUGUAAUUGACCAACAUGUACACAGGUAUCUCUGGCGUGAUCUUGAAGUUGAGAGGAAGCCUGAUGUCUACAUCAAGUUGGUUGUCACCUUUGGCGACAAGCCCUCCCCGGCAAUGGCCCAAAUUGCCUUGAGAAAAACAGCUGAAGUAGCAGAGAAGGAAAGUCCUAAAGCAGCACAGAUCCUGAAGAAAAGUACAUACAUGGAUGACAUUUGUUUCUCGACACCAACUGAGGAAGAAGCCAUCCAGCUUACUGAUGAAAUCGACAAAGCUUUGGCUGAUGGUGGAUUUCACGUCAAGGGUUGGGCGUCUAAUAAGAAUAUAAGACCCAGUAACCAGAAAGAGAUGGACUUGCUGAAGAAAUUGUCCAAUGAGAAAGUCUUAGGAGUUGUUUGGGACCAACAUAACGAUUCAUUCUCGUACAAGUCAACCUCGGACGGGUCCAGUAGAGAAGAGAAAUCAGCCAAUAAUGAAGGAAAAUGGACAAAACGAAAAAUCCUGAGUCGAAUAGCAAGAAUCUUCGACCCACUUGGAUUUGUAUCACCCUUCCUUGUUCGAGCCAAGAUGGGAAUGCAAAGGCUUUGGGAGAAGGGAUACAAAUGGGAUGAAAGACUGCCAGAUGAACAACAGAAAUGGUGGACAAAUUUCUUCAACGAAAUGAAAGAGUUGAGCGAGGCUAAACUUGACCGAAGCCUCACACCACCAGGAGCUAUUGACAAUCCAAUAUUAUGUGUGUUCUCAGAUGCACCAGAAGCUGCCUUCGAAUGCUGCGCGUACCUGAGAUGGCAGAUAGCAGACGGCAGUUUUACUACAAGAUUUGUAGCAGCAAGGUCAAGAGUGGCCCCGUUGAAACGGCUAACUAUUCCCAGAUCAGAGCUACAAGCGGCUCUGAUGGCGACGAGGCUGUAUACUGCGAUAAAGGAAGAGACAACUCUGAAGUUGCUAGAGAAAAUCUUCAUGACAGACAGUCUCAUUACUCUAGCAUGGAUCCACAGUCAGUCCAGAAUGUACAAGUCAUUCGUCUCAUCCAGAGUGGGAGAGACCCAGAGUGCUGCCAAUCCAGAGAACUGGAGAUAUGUUCCCGGAAAUAUUAACCCUGCUGAUAAAAUCUCCAGAGGCUUAGCAGUCAGAGAUCUAAGUAAAGAAUGGGAACAUGGUCCUGAAUUCCUAUUCAAGCCUAUAGAUGACUGGCCAGAGGAAAAUCGCUCCAUGUACAACAAGGUGAUGAUGACAAGGAGAGGAGAAAGGUAAAGCAAGUUCUACA